UCGUCCAAUUUUUUUGUUCAACUUCAACUUGAGAUUAAUCCUUCAUUUUGAGUCCAAAUUAAGUGAUUCAAAAGGCAAACUUCAAGAGAAUUUCGAGGGGAAUCUAGCGGUGAUCUCGGAAACGCGAGGGGAGGCUUCGUUUGAGGUCCGAGCACUAGUAGCCAGCGUUGAUCGAGCUUGGAGUAGACUUAUCUGGAGACGGGGGGAUGGCUCGCACGCGUGGUAGGGCCCCAGCUAGGGGUAGAGGCCGACCUCGAGGUCGUGCCAGAGCUACAGCACCAGCCCAGGACCGAGAGCAAACUCCAGAGCCGGUGAUAGAGCCACCAGCAGCUCCAGCACCGCAGCAGCCGAUGGGUCCGGGAUCAGCCCAGCCACCGCCCGAGCCUGUGGCAGCUCCAGAUAUACAGGCGAUGCUCGUACAGAUACUAGCUGCCAUUGGGGGUAUGCAGCAGGCCCCAGCUCCAGUUGUUCCAGUACCGCAGGGCCAGCCUACACCAGCGGCACCGAUUGUCCAGCCUGACGAUUUGGAGAGCGUCAUGCCACUACGGGAGCAGAAGAUGCUCGGUGUGUUCCUUAGACUAUCACCGCCGAGGUUUUCUGGGGCAGUGGGGGAGGAUGCCCACGAGUUUCUAGUUACUUGCCGCGAGCGGCUACAGACUUUGGGUUUAGUGGAGUCGAGAGGGGCAGACUUCACCGCUUACCAGUUAGACGGUCCCGCCAGGCAGUGGUGGCGUACAUACUUAGAGACCAGGCCAGCUGGGUCUCCACCGGUCACAUGGACUGAGUUUUCAGAGGCCUUCUUGGCCCGAUUUAUUCCCAGGAGCAUCAGAGAUCAGCUCAGAGAUCAGUUUGCUCGGUUAGAGCAGGGCUCCAUGACAGUAUCAGAGUAUGAGGCCCGAUUCCACGAGCUCUCCAGGCAUGCCGCCAUGAUAUUACCUACUGAGGAGGAGAGGGUUCGUUGUUUUGUUCGGGGUUUGAGACUACAGUUGCGGAUUGAGACUCAGUCUUUAGUCUCAGCGGGCCGCUCAUUUCUGGAUGUAGUGGACCAUGCCCGCACUAUCGAGCAGCUCCGUCGCGAGGCCCAAGAGGGCAGCGGCAAGAGAGCUAGACAGAAGGAUAGCCAUGAUAGGCAUCGUUUCAGACCCCGAGAGUCUUAUGAUAGAUCUCAGCAGAGGUUUCAGUCGGGUCAGUCUAGUAGCCCCUUCCAGGCUUCACUCCAGGCAUCGGAGGGUGAUCAGCACCGCCAUAUUGGUUUUAGUGCCGGUCGUAGUCGGGGCGAGAUAGUUUAUAGAUGGGAUCUUCUGGCCGGGGUAGCCGACCUCCAGCUCUCAGUCGACAGUCCCAGGGGUGUUAUGAGUGUGGGGAGCUGUACUUAUUCCUAUAUAGCUGUUUAUUGUGCUCCUCGAUUGAGUAUGAUCCCAGAGCUAUUGGUUGAGCCAUUGCGUGUUUCAACCCCGGUAGGUGAUUCUUUAGUAGUGGAUCAGGGUUCUUGUAGUCGCACGCCAGUUGGGAUGAUAUCUUUUGUUCGGGGCCAGAGGUUGAUGGCUAGCGGGUGUUUGCCUUAUUUAGCUUAUGUUAGAGAUGUUAGUAGGGAGGGUCCUACCGUUGAUUCAGUACCUAUUGUUCGAGAGUUUACAGAUGUGUUUCCUGCCGAUCUGCCUGGUCUCCCUCCUGAUCGUGACAUUGACUUUUCUAUUGAAGUAGAGCCGGGCACUAAGCCCAUUUCUAUACCACCGUACCGUAUGGCCCCCGUAGAGCUCAAGGAGCUCAGUGCAGCUGAACAUGGUGACAGUGAAGAACCGUUACCCAAUGCCUAG